AUGGAUCCUGCGACUUACGUAGAUCCGGAGCUCACUUUGGCCGAUUUGAUUGUCAUUGAAACACUGGUGGAGGGGAGGGUCUCUAAUGGCGAGACCAUAUCAUCCUUAUCAAAACAACGACCUAGUGAUGACGAUGUUGUUCAAAAGCUUCAUGAUAUGAAUGAUGCAUCUCAUCCUGACUUUGAUCCCACUAUUUUUCAGUUCUGGGAUACUCCAAUUCUUCGGGCUAAGUUGCCCCCGAUCAUUCAGCGCUAUGCUCUUCAGCCUUACCUUACCUGGGCGAAAAGUGUUGUGCGAUUUCCGACUGAUGUUGUUAUGGUGACACAUCUUUUGCUCUAUUUUUCCACCAUCGUUCCUAGCGCCUUUUUCUUGUAUUACCGCUUUUCCUGGAUGCAUGGUGUUUUGCAUUGGGUCAUGCAAUUAUGGUACUGCGGCGCCUUCACUCUCAUGAAGCAUCAACACAUCCAUAUGAAUGGAGUCCUUGCUCCUGGGUACUGGAUCUUUGAUAAUCUGUUCCCGUAUCUGUUGGAUCCGAUGCUUGGGCAUACCUGGAACUCCUACUUCUAUCACCACAUCAAGCACCAUCACGUCGAGGGAAACGGUGAACAAGAUCUUAGUACUACCAUGUUCUACGACCGAGACAGUGCUUUUGACUUUGCCUGUUACGUUGGCCGAUUUUUCUUCCUGAUCUGGCUGGAACUUCCCCUUUACUUCUGGCGGAAAGGUCAAAUGAAGUAUGCGUGCAAGGCAGCAUUCUGGGAGCUCAGCAACUACGCCUCCAUCUACCUUCUAUAUAACUACGUCAAUGCUCGCGCUACCCUUUUUGUUUUUAUCCUUCCUCUCGUGGUAAUGCGGUGUGGCUUGAUGGUGGGAAAUUGGGGCCAGCAUGCCUUUGUGGAUCCUAUUGAUCCUGAUUCCGAUUAUCGAUCUAGUAUCACGUUGAUUGAUGUUCCGAGUAAUCGAUACUCUUUUAAUGAUGGAUACCAUACUUCGCACCACUUGAAUCCCCGACGCCACUGGAGAGAUCAUCCUAUGGCAUUUGUCAAAGGCAAGGACCGUUAUGCCGAGGAGCGAGCGCUUGUCUUCCGAAAUGUCGACUAUAUCUUCAUCACAGUGCAUCUUUUGCGCAAAAACUACAUCCACUUGGCGAAGUGUCUCAUCCCUAUCGGUGACCAGGUCAACAUGACUCUGGAGGAGCGAGCAGAAAUGUUGCGCGGUCGAACUCGUCGAUUCCCACGGCCAGAGCUGAAGAAAAGCUGUUAA